AUGCCUUCUGAAACUCUUGAUUUCGAAGGCUGCAAUUUUUUUCGAAUACGUCUCGCCUACUCAAUCCUCACCGGGCGUCCGAUUCGAAUUAGCAAUAUUCGGAAGGACGACGAUGCACCAGGAAUUCGCGAUUUCGAAGCAAAAUUGAUUGCGUUGAUGGAAAAAGUCACCAAUGGCACAAAAGUUGAAAUUAGUCGAACAGGAACCCAGGUGAUUUUUCGACCGGGAAUGAUCACUGGCGGAGUUGUUACGAUGGAUUGCGGAACUGAAAGGUGUAUUUCGUAUUUUCUCGAACCUUUAAUUCUUUUAUCGCCGUUCUGUAAGGUCCCGAUGACGAUAAAAUUAAAAGGGAUCACUAACGCCCCAAACGAGCUAUCGGUUGACGGAAUAAAAGCGGCGUGGCUCUCGGUAUACAACAAAUUUGUGCUAAACGAUGAGAAGUUGGACGUGAAAAUCACGGCGAGAGGUUUGAAGCCGGAUGGUGGAGGAUGUGUGACGUUCACGGCGCCAAUUGUCAAGACAUUGAGGCCGGUUAAAAGAGAAAAAGCGGGAAAGGUGUGCAAAAUUCGAGGGCAAGCCUACGUGACAAAAGUGACGCCAUCAUUGGCGUAUCGAAUGAUCGACGCGGCGAAAAAAGCGAUGCACGGCUACAUUUCCGACGUUUUUAUUGCGGUUGAUCAGCGAAAAGGCGAUUCCGGCGGCUUGUCGCCCGGCUACGGCCUGUUUUUGACCGCUGAGACCACUGAAGGCGUCAUUUAUCAGGCCGAAGCGAUUUCGAGGCACAAAGGCGAACUGGGUGAUCCGAUUUUGCCGGAGGACAUUGGCAUCGAGGCGGGGCAUAAGCUUCUUCAGCAGAUUUAUAUGGGAGGAGCUCUCGACAGCAGCGCGCAGGUUCUGGCGAGCAGUUUCAUGACGCUGUGCCCGAAGGACGUUUCAAAUUUCCUCUACGGACCAUUGCCCGUCUAUAGUAUCCAUGCUCUUCGGCAUAUCAAACAGUUUUUCGAAGUCGAAUUCAAAAUGGAGGAUUUUCGGAGGAGUUUGAGCGACGACGACGAAGAAUUGAAGAUUGGAAGUCGCGAUAAAGUCAAAAUUACCGCUGUUGGCGUCGGUUUCAGCAAUUUGAAUAAGACGAUUUUGUAG